AUGUCAUGCCCACCACCGUAUACUCAACAGCCCUAUGGGCAAGGGUACCCACCACAGCCUGGCUUCCAUCCAGCUCCUUAUCCACCCCAACAACAGCCAUAUUAUCCACCUAAUCAGUGUGGAUAUCCCAGUCAGUGUGGAUAUCCGCAAGGAUACCCCCAACAGGGCUACCCUCCUCAAGGAUACGGAUAUCCUCAGCCACAGAUUGUCGCACGAAAAGGAAUUUCAGAACAGUUGACCGGCGACCCGAUCAUGAUCGCGGCGGAUUCAAAGGGAACAACUGUUGGUUAUGGGCAUUGUUGGCCUGUUGUUGUGGAUGUUGUUUGGCCGAAUGCUGCGAUUAGUGCAGCAAUGCUCAAUUGGGCCAACUCCGAUCAUUGCAUUUCAGCGUUUUUGUAUUCAUCAAAUCUGCUGUAA